UUYAUUUUCAAGUUUUCUACUCCGCUAGUCAGCACCUCGCCUAAAUAGGUGUGCGUUUMUUUUUCUUCUAGAUCAUUUGAACCAUUAGCCUUGACUUUUGAUGUUGCAAUUUGGUCGAGAAAACGUGCAGUUUAUAUCGUUGSGAAAGUAAGACGUUUAAUGUAACUAUUGCUGUUUUGUCAUUCUUUKCAUUUUGAUAAACAAUUUACGUGCGUGGGAUGACUUCCAUCUACGAAGAGAAUGAUCCAAAUUCUUUGGCGCUUGUGGAAGGUCUUCGUCAAGAUAACAGUGAAGAGGAGUUGGACUUUUCCUACCUGUUUUUGUACAACCCAUCUGAGGAUGACUUUCGCGGGAAUGAAGACAACUCAGGGGUUCCCCCUCACGAUGGUCACAACCCUCCAUCUAUGGUGCCCUACCCUUGUGAGGACUGUUCCAGCUGUGCCCAUACAACCUCCCGUCAGUCCUCCUACUACCAUGGGCUUGUCACUGACUGCCUGUCUGGGCCUGGGUUUAACUCGCUGGAUCUCCCCUCCAGGCCAGAGGGUGCUCCCUCCCCCAGCCCCAGGAUUGAGAUCACCCCAUCUGUGGACCCUCACCGGACUCAGCCCCUGGAUGCCAGCCCCAGAUCGACGGCCCUGACUGUGUCUGGCUAUGAGAAUACAGCCUAUCGAGAGCCUCAGUGCCUAAGCCCUGCCAGCAGCAACUCCUCCACGGGCUGGCUGUCCGAGUCUUGCUCUCCCUGGGUCUCUCCUUGUGUAUCUCCCAGUGGUGAUGGGGGCGCGGUAGGCUUGACCACCUUGGACCACCUCCAAGGCAUCCACAUGUCCAUGGCUCACUCCUCCCCAGGGACCUCCCCGUGCACCAGCAUCACAGAGGAGACAUUCCUGGUACUGCAGAGUCAGCGGUCAUCCUCCCCCCACUCCCAUACCCACCCGCGCUCUCGCUCCGCCUCUCCUCAGGGCAAACGCACCUACGACCAGUACAGCGGCCCCAGCCUGGGGACCACCAGCCAGCAGCAGCGCUCCCGGAGCCUCAGCCCCUCACCCCACCACCCCCAACGACCCCRGGCCCAGGCUGACCCACAGGCCAAUGCCACUGAGCAGGCUCCCAGCCUUGAAGAGGUGUUGAGCAGCCUCAGCUCCAGCUUACCCAGGGCUGUGCCCUCCAAGAUAGUGCAGCCCAAUGUGGAGUUCUACACGUACAGAGAGAGCCAGGGGGAUGGCUAUGUGCACCCCAUGGAGCAGGGGAGGAGAGGCAAAGCUGGGGCUGAGACCUACAUCCUCCCUACAUCUGUCUGGCCAGUUCCACUAGCCCACGGAGCAAUCAGUAGCAUUCCUGUGCCAUCUCUGCCCCCUCUAGAUUUGCAAUUGCCCAGUCACUCAGACAAAUAUGAGCUCUGUCUGGAGCAGCAGCCUAAACAGCACCACCGUGCCCACUAUGAGACAGAGGGCAGCAGGGGAGCAGUCAAAGCACCUGGCGGAGGACACACUGUGGUUCAGCUUCAUGGGUACAGAGGCAAAGCUCCACUGGGUCUGCUGGUGUUCAUCGGAACAGCUGACAAGAGGCUCCUCAAGCCCCAUGCCUUCUACCAAGUGCACCGCAUCAYGGGGAAAACCGUCACCACCCCUAGCAACGAGAUCAUGGUCAAUGGCACCAAGGUCCUGGAGAUCCCUCUGGAGCCCAAGAACAACAUGAGAGCAGUGAUUGACUGUGCUGGGAUCCUAAAGCUGAGGAACGCUGACAUUGAGCUGAGGACAGGAGAGACAGACAUCGGACGGAAGAAUACCUGUGUCCGUCUGGUCUUCCGGGUCCAUAUUCCCCAUCCAGGAGGACAGUAUGUCUCUCUCCAAGUGGCCUCCCUUCCCAUCGAGUGUUCCCAGAGGUCGGCCCACCAGCUACCCACUGUAGAGAGUCAGGACGUGGACCGCUGCUCGGUUCUAGGGGGACAGCAGAUGAUACUGACCGGACAGAACUUCACCUCUUAUUCCAAGGUGGUGUUCACGAAGAAUACACCUGAUGGGCUGCAGAUUUGGGAAGUGGAAGCAUCAGUAGACCGAGACAAAAGCCAAUCAAGCAUGCUGUGUGUCGAGAUCCCUCCAUAUCGAGAUCACACCAUUUAUCACGCGGCUAAAGUUAUCUUCUAUGUGAUCAACGGGAGGAGGAAACGCAGUCAGGCGCAGCACUUCACCUACACUCCUUUAACAGUUCCCGCCAUUAAAACGGAACCCAUAGAUGACUUCCAGUUUAGCCAGCUGGGUUGUACUGUGUCCAAGGUCCUAGGAGUGUCACCCAAGUCCUACCACGACACCCCCAGUAGCCACUUUACCCCUAAUAGCCACRAGGCUGGCUUGACAACCUUAGCAUCCUGCCAGCAGGCGAGCCACCACGACUCCAUUGUCAGAUUGUCAGYCUAUCAACAACAAGACCCAUCUGUCUAUUACMCCAGUAAAAUCAGAAGCCUGGGCAGYAGCCCUGUUCUGUAUCAAGAUAUGAACCACCACCACCCAGUGAUGAUCCACUAUGGCUCCCCAUCUCAGAUGUCCUAUAUCGGUAGCCAGCACUACUCCACCCUAUACUCCCAACCUUUCAACCCCUCUCACUCUGCCACCAAUCAGCGAGUUGUCAACGUUGCGGUCCCAUUGGCCCAACACCAGCAUGUCACCAUGGUGGGUGAUGGGUACCGGGCUGCAGCUUCAUCAUGGAAGGUUGGUGCCUCGACAGAGGCUUGUUCAUCAGAAGGCCAGUGCCAGAACUUCAUGCAGAUGGGGGUGCCAGUCUUGGGCACGUCUCCACGACUACCACCACGACAUAGCUCUACCCUGGCCCAGAGGGGUCCAAUAACGGGGAGCCAGAGUGGGCCAGUCCUGGAGAAGGUGAUGGUCAAGCAAGAAAACCUGAACCAAGCCUAUCUGGAUGAUGUGAAUGACAUCAUAAAGAAUCAUCUGACUGUCCACAGUAAAGAGCAGUCGUAGAAGAGCCAGGAGAAUCCAUAUUGUGACUAAAUGCCAUGAGGGAAUUGUCUGAUUGGCCCCACCAUGACCUCAACUUCGUAUUUUUUUAUAUGCAGAGUUAGGGGUAUGCAGUGCCUGAUAUCAUGGGUUAUCUUUUUAAACGGUUUAAUUAUUUUAGCAUGUGUAUCAUGUAUGUGGCCUCAAUGUACAGUAGACUGAUUUUUUUCAUUGUAAAUAGAAACAUCUUUAUGAAAAUCUCUGUAUUUACUACAAUAUAGAAAAGACCAGAAUAUGAUUGAGACUGUAGUGUCACAUUUUUAAGGCUUCUCUGUCAUGUUGGCAAUCUAAUUAAAUUGUUCUGUUAUUUUAUUUUUAUUUGCCAUUAAAAUACAGAUUUAAAAUC